AUGCGGAAGGCGCCAUAUUUUUCAAACUUGCUGUUCUGUGUCUCUCUUCCAGCAAACCUGCUGGCAGUUGUGAUCCUGUCCCGGGGAAAGUGCGAUCUGUCGAGAUGUGUCACUCGCUACCUGGUGGGAAUGGCCGCGGCCGAUCUCCUGGUCGUUAUCUCCCAUCCUCUGCUGACGUGGACUGCUUGGAUUUAUUUUCCCCAGUCUUUCCUGUUCAUCACUCCUGUGUGCAGACUCGGUGUAUGGUUAGUUUUUGCGAGCACUGUAACCUCUGUCUGGCUGACUGUCGCUUUUACCCUCGAUCGAUUUGUGGCUAUUUGCUACGAGAAGCUGAAAACAAAAUAUUGCACUGAGAGAACGGCGUCUGUGGUUAUCGGGACAGUGAGUGUGCUGGCCUGUUUGGAAUGUGUUCCGUGGGUCUUUACAUACGGGCCUUUGGUAAUAAUUGAUGGUGUUCCCUGGUAUUGUGUUUAUACAACGAGCUACAAAAAGUCUCCCUCAUGGGCGGCAUUUGCAAUGCUUCACCGUCUUUUAACCCCUUGUGUUCCAUUCUUUCUGAUUUUGUUGUUCAAUAUUCGGACAGUGAGGCAGAUUCUAGCGGCCAGUCGAGCCCGCAGGAGGCUCCGGGGACAAAAGAGUGGAGAGAAUGACAAGGACCAGGAGAUGGAGAACCGACGCAAGUCCAUCGUUUUGCUCUUCAGCAUAACCGGUAGUUUUAUACUGUUGUGGAUAACACGGCAGGUAUUUUAUAUGCAUCAGCGGAUUUCAAUGACGUUUGUUUCUUAUUCUGUCACGGAUCCCCGUUACAUCACAGAAGAGGCAUCGGGAAUGCUGCAAAUUCUCAGUUCAUGCACCAACACUUUAAUUUACGCCCUAACUCAGAGCAAGUUUCGAGAAGAACUCUGGAAUAUGCUGAAAUUCCCAUUCAAUCAGAUUUUGAAACUCAUUAAACGUUAG